CAUGUAUACAGUGAAUAUAAACCCAAAUACUGAAUCAUAGUUUUGCAAUCUUUAAGAUGAAUGUAUUUUGGUUAUAUGCAACUAUCAUACUUGCAGGGUUUUCUGUAAAAGCCCACUUAAACCCCACCUGCAAUUCCAACGAUUCCAUGGUAUUACAACAUUUCAUGAACGGAAUGGAAUCACCAAUUCCCGGAUGGACUUCAAAUUCUCCCAAUUGCUGCGAUUGGGAUGGUGUCACUUGCGCUUUCUCCGGUCCAAUUCCAACAGGCUUGUGCAUCAACUCUACUGGAAUUAGAGUUCUUAAAUUUGGGGAAAAUCACUUUAGAGGUGAGAUUCCACCUGAAUUUGCGAAUUGUAGUUUCUUGGAACAUCUUUCUUUAGAUGCAAAUUAUGUUUCUGGGAUCAUACCAGACUAUUUACUCAGCUUACCAAGAUUGUCUAGAUUGUAUCUUCAAGAUAACGAACUAAUCGGUCAGCUUCGAAAUAGUUAUCCCUCGAAUCUUGUUUAUUUGGAUGUUUCGAUUAAUGGGCUUUCGGGUGAGCUGCCUGAUUUCUUUCACACCUUUCCGAAUUUGACUUAUUUUGCAGCUUAUUCGAAUAAUUUUGAUGGUGGGUUACCCUUUUCACUUGUGAAUUCUGGUAGUAUUUCUAGGUUGAUAUUAAGAAGCAAUUCGUUUUCUGGUUUGAUUGAUCUAAACUGCUCGUCGAUGAUAAACCUCGUCUUUCUUGAUUUGGCUACUAACAAGUUUUCAGGAGCGAUUCCUGAUAAUUUGCCCGCUUGUUCAUCAUUAAAAACCAUAUAUCUUGAUGGGAAUAAGCUCACGGGUCGAAUCCCGGAAAGCUUUAAAAGAUUUAACUCUUUAUCUCAUCUUUCCAUCUCAAGCUUGAACUUGAAAAACCUUUCUGUUUCACUCCAAAUUCUCCAACACUGCCAAAAUCUUACCACUUUGGUCCUUUCAAGCAGCUUUGUCAACGAAGAAAUGCCAUCCAUUGCUAACCUACGAUUUAAAAUGCUCAAGAAUCUUUUGAUGCGCAGAAGCAAUCUCACGGGUACGAUUCCUCUCUGGUUAGAUGGUCUAACAAAACUAACGGUUUUGGAUUUGUCGAGUAACCAGUUGCACGGACAGAUUCCGCCCUUUUUAGGAAAUUUACAGUCUCUCGGUUACUUGAAUCUAUCGACCAACUGUUUAACCGGCGGGAUUCCAAAAAGCCUCACUGGAUUAACGGGCCUUCGAUUCCUUAACACCUCAUUAAUGAUUAAUCUAAAUUUACCUGUUUUCAAGAGGCACGGCAUGAGUGGCAAAAAGGUGCCAUGCAGCUAUGGCAUUCCACUCCGACGGACAUUGGACCUCAGUUACAACUCUCUCACGGGCCAAAUCUGGCCCGAGUUUGGAAAUCUCAUAUACGUAGAAAAUUUGAAUCUCAAAUACAAUAAGCUAUCAGGUAAUAUUCCAGGUACCUUGGGGAAUUUAUUUAGUAUACAGAUUAUGGAUUUGUCUCAUAACAACUUGUCUGGGGAGAUACCUCAUUCUUUGGUGAAACUCCACGCCUUAUCAAACUUCAGUGUCGCGUACAAUGCAUUAUCGGGGACCAUUCCUUCUGGAGGCCAGUUUUCGACUUUUCCAAACUCCAGUUUUGAAGGAAACACGGGUUUAUGUGGCGAAUUCUUUACGAAAUGUGAUAAAGUUCAAGAUUUGUUGCAACCUUCAGCAUUUAAGAGUAAAAACUUUUCUAUCACUUAUUUGGUUGAAUGGGUUGGGUUUGGAACUGGUUUCCUUCUCAGUGUCAUCGUAUUGCUUGUUAUUCCAACAAUUCGGGAAUUUCAGAUUGAAGAGCUUUGAGAAGCCAAUCAUGUGUCCUAGUGAGUGUGCUCCUUGUCUAUAUGAAACUUGGAGUUUGUUUACCUAAUGGACAUAGAGUAAAUUAGAUUCUCUGUCUAUGUGAUAUGUUAAAAGGUUAUGAUGUUUGUCCAUAGCUUUCAUCAAUUGUACCGCUUUUACCUUUUCUUUAA